AUGCAUCUAGAAAAAUUAGAUGUUAAUAAUGCAUUUCUUCAUGGAGAUCUAAAUGAAAAAGUUUGUAAUACCAUGCCCAAAGGUCAUAAACUUCUUCGUUUAUCUCCCACCAUAAAGAUUUCAAAAUCUGGGCAUAUACUUAAAUAUGAUCUAACAUGUUUCAAAGAGAGAUUGAAGAGAUAUUUAAGGGCUUACGGAUUUCAAACUCUAUAUUCUAAGGGUAUUUUUCGAACUUCACUAGGAUGUUUGGGUAAGCAUGCUGCUGAGGGUGAGGGUGCAAGUGUUGUUGAGAAUGUAUUAUUUCCUGAACCCGGAGAGAAUAUGGUUUCGAGAUUCGUGUUUGCCGAUCAAGUUGAGAUGUCUUUAAGGGAGGUUGAUCAGGAGAUAUUGGUAGGUGCUUGUGUUUUUAGCAAGAUUGAUCUGAGAUCAGGAUACCAUCAGAUUCGAGUGAAGCCUGAAGAUAUUCCAAAUACUGCUUUUAGAACCCGAUAUGGCCACUAUGAGUACUCAGUGAUUUCGUUCGAUGUGUAUAAUGCGCCAAGCGUGUUCAUGGAGUAUAUGAAUAUAAUCUUCCAUCCUUAUUUGGAUUAG